AGUAUUGUUAUAUCGGCUACGUCUCUUCAUGAUGAGGCUCAAUGUACAGAUUGGAUAGACCCAGGUGUCCUAUAAGCCUCCUAUGACUUUCUAUAUAAACCACAGUAUUCAGUCGGAGAAGAUAAUCUGCUCUUCUCACAACUCGCCAUGGCGACACCAGCAUCCGCCUCCGUCCUGAGAAGGGCUCUUCUCUAUGUCCCUGCCUCCUCCCAAAAGAUGCUCACCAAGUCCCUCUCCCUCACCUCGGACAACGUAACCUAUGACCUCGAGGACUCAGUCACCCCCCACGAGAAACCCAGCGCCCGCCUCGCCCUCGCCCAACACCUCCAAUCUCUAUCAUCCUCCUCCUCCUCCUCCUCCUCCUCCUCCUCCUCCCAGCGGCCCAAGGGCAUAGGUGAGCUCGCCGUCCGCAUCAACGCCGUCGACACCCCCUACGCCCUCGAAGACCUCCAAGUCCUAGGCCGCGAGCCCUCCGUCGACGCCAUCGUCAUCCCCAAGGUCAACACAGCCAGCGACCUAACCUUCGUCUCCGACGUCCUCCGCCACGUCGCCCCCGCCCGCCAGCAGAACCACGAGCGCAGCAGCAGCGCCGCAAAAGGCCCCCAGCCCAUCCAGCUCCUGGCCCUCGUCGAGUCCGCCGCCUCCAUCCUCAACCUCGCCGAGAUCUGCAGGGCCGGCACGAGGCCCGGCGUAGGCCUUUCCGGCCUCAUCUUCGCCGCCGAGGACUUCAGCCUCGACCUGAGCCUCACCCGCACCCCGUCCCUCCGGGAGUUCCUCUACGCCCGCUCCGCCGUCGCCACGCACGCCCGUGCCUUCGACCUGCCCUCGACCAUCGACCUGGUCUGCACCACCUUCCGUGGGGCAGAGGGCGAGCAGCGCCUGCGCGACGAGUGCGCCGACGGGAAGGGCAUGGGUUUCAAUGGGAAGCAGUGCAUCCACCCGUCGCAGGUCGAGGCGGUCCAACGGGCCUUCGCGCCGGGCGAGGACGAGGUCGAGUGGAGCGUGCGCGUGGUCAUUGCCGACGAGAAGGCCAGCAAGGGGGACAGGGCAGGCGAGGCCGGUAGGGGCGCGUGGACCCUGGAUGGGAAGAUGAUUGAUGUGCCUGUCGCGAGGAAAGCGAGGGCCACUGUGGCGAGAGCGGAGCGGUGUGGAUUUGAUGUCGAGGCGAUACGGGAGAGAUGGAAGUGCCAAGAACCCGAGUGA